ACUGGAGCUCAUUCGACGUUAUCCCCCACGUCCGGCGUGCGUGCCUAUCUGACCUUCGAUAUCGCGUCGCCGGGGGUUAAACGCACAAGCAAAGAGAGCGAACGAAGGGCAUAAAUCCAGUCUCGCGUGCCUUCAGCUGUUCACUCGUUGGAGUUGCACACGACGUGGCUCAGUCGUUGGAAUAGCAGAAACGCGGCUCAAUCGUUGGAGUAGCAGACAACGCAGUUCGACCGUUGGAGCAGCAGACAACGCAGUUUGCUUGAACGGACGCCAACGGACGAAGUGAAACAUCUCUUCUAUCUCCCUCUUAAAAGAAGUCGGAGAGCAAGACGAGACAGGAUGCCGGGACAACAUGACCCUCAGAGAGCCCUGCGAAUCUGCAUCAUCGGGGCCGGCUCGAGCGGGCUGGUCUCAGCGCGGCAGAUGCUCGACGAGGGCUUCGACCCGGUCAUCUACGAGAGGUCGACCAGCAUCGGAGGCUUGUGGGUUUACCACAACGAUGACGUGGACGGCAUGGCCUCCGUCAUGCGCUCGACUAUCAUCAACACAAGCAAGGAAAUGAGCGCCUUCAGUGACUUCCCUCCACCCAAGGAUGCCCCGAACUUCAUGCACAACACCAAGAUGCUCGCGUACUUCAGGAGCUACGCGGACCACUUUGGCAUCACGGAACGGGUCCAUCUGCGCCACGAUGUCCUCCAGGUCACCCCGGCCACGGACUACGAGGCAACAGGUCGCUGGGAAGUCAAAGUCAAGGACCUCAACUCCGGUACCGAGCUCCAGGAGACCUUCGACGCCGUCAUGGUGUGCGUGGGGCACCACGUCUUCCCCAACGUGCCCAAGUUCAGGGGACAAGAGAAGUUCAAGGGCAGGAUCACGCAUACGCACAGCAUCAAGGUGCCAGACCAGUUCAAAGACCGCAGGGUCGCGGUCGUGGGCAUCGGCAAUUCAGGCGUCGAUGCCGUCGUUGACGUCAGCCACGUCGCAGCCCAGACGUACCUGUCCACGAGGCGAGGCGGCUGGAUUGCACGCCGCGUGGGACCCAACGGGGUGCCGAUCGACGCAUUCUUAUCCACGCGUCUCAAAAACUACAUCCGGCACUUGCUUCCCGAGUCCGUGACCAACGAAUACGCCGAGAACUUCUUGAACGGGACCUUCAACCACGAGGCGUACGGCCUCAAACCUAAGCACCGCUACAACGCGCAGCACCCAACCAUGAACGAUUCCCUGCCCAACAAGAUCCUCAGCGGCUUCGUUCUCGUCAAGAAGGACAUCGUGGAAUUCACAGAAGACGGCGUCCUCUUCGAGGGAGACGACGAGGUGACCAAGCUGGAUGACGUGAUCCUGGCCACGGGCUACCAGAUCAAGUUUCCCAUGCUGCCCAAGGACGUAGUGUCCGUGGUUGACAACCAGGUGCAGAUAUACAAGUACGUCUUCCCGCCCGGCCUCAAGCACCCGACCCUGGCCAUCAUGGGGCUGAUUCAGCCAGUCGGCGCCAUCUUCCCCAUCGUCGAAAUGCAGGCACGAUGGAUGGCGCAGCUGUUGGCGGGGAAUCGGAAGCUGCCCUCGGAGGCGGAGAUGUACGACGACAUCGCCCGCAAGAGGGCCGCCCUUCGUCGCCGCUACGUAGACUCUCCCCGCCACACGAUCCAGGUGGACUGGAUCGACUACAUGGACGAGCUGGCCGACCAGUUCGGCGCUCGACCCAAGAUACUCAAGUACCUUUUCACCGACUACGAGCUGUUCAAGGCGCUCUUGGGACCCUGCGUCCCUUACCAGUUCAGGCUCGAGGGACCGCAUUCUUGGGCAGGAGCCCGAGACGCCGUCUUGGGAGCCCGGGAAAGGAUUCACUACCCGCUCAAUCGCAACUGCACAAGCUUCAGCACCAAGAAGGGAGUCUCUCCGGCGUUUUAUAUGGUCGUAGCCGCAUUUGUAAUCUUCAUUGCGUACCUCAUGUCCAGCUAAGGGUGACAAACUCGUAGAUCUGCCACGAAGCUGUGGGAAGAUGCAAAUGCGCACAAUUUCAGCGCGUUUUUCACAGCGCAUGCUCGGAACAAGCUCUCAUAUAUUGUGUGUAGACAUUGUUAGCCCCCAGCGCAGGUUCUCGCAGCAACAAAAACUGGCCAUGACUGAAUGCUAUCCUCUCGAACAUUAUUUUGUUUUAUACAAAGUUCUGUACGGACAUGAAAAAUAGUCACUCGCCCCUCCCCGCGUCACCUCGGUAUUCGACUCAGUCAAGGGCAUAUGGAAUAAAGCAGCGUGCUUACGAAUCCUUCAUUCACUCGAACGCCUUUCCGGCGCCGCUAAGUUUUAGAAGUCUCCUCAAUAUCAAAAUUAACAUCUGGUUCUGAGCAGUACAGAAAUGUGGGUCACCUGGCGUCACCCGAAGUCCGCAGAUCUCUGGGCUCAAGAGGCCUUUUUAUGUACUUGUGCAAUUGUCGCGAUACAGCUAUGUUAAUAAUGACUUAAGAUGUUUUUUUUCCUCUUAGAAUAUCAGUUUCUAUGUGUUUAUUUGAUCACAACCGAGAACUUUCAAGUUCCUUACGAGGAAUAGAUAGAUAAUUGACAGAAAUUGCACUACAUUGUUUUCAUGUGGUUUAAAUUGUCAAGCCAUUUUUAUUUGUGCAGUCGCACGUUUCCAGGUCUACGCAAGUAUGGGGCAAUGCGGCUGUUAUAGUUAUUUUAUCACUUUCAUUCUGUACACUCUAGUCAACACUAACUCGCUGUUUUGUUAUUACAUGCAGAACUAGCGCAUGUGAGCCAAAACACUUUCCUGACGUGGGAGGUCUUUCGUAUCCUUAAAAGCCGAGGUUGAAAUAAACUUAAUGAGACGAUAUUGAUAUUUUUGCUUUAUUGCACAAGCGCCGGCAUGAUUUGCCUAGCCUUUGACGUCUGUGUCUAUUUUUAUGUCAACUCACAGGAAAUCAGAGAAAUAGUAUGGUCUGUGCAAAGUGAAGGGCUUCCGUUGUCCACCACUUUGAACCACCCCGAGACUGCGGAAAUACCAAAAUUGGGUCCAAGAGAAGAGAAGCAGAACGUCUCUCUUUUUUAGACGUUCGCUUUCUCUUCGCUUGGUGCCAACUCGAGUAUUUGCUCAGUGUUCGGAUGCUUUACUAUGUUCAGUAUACAGCAGCUCACUUGCACCAUUACGUUCUGUUCGUAGUCCAUCAACCUAAAAAACAAAAAUAUGUGUGUAUAUAUAUGAAACUUUAGUUCGUGUUUUUCUUUUUCUAGACUCGUGAAUUCGUUUUUUACGUAAUAUGUUUUAUUUGAAAAUUUUAAUGAAUGAUUUUGUUAUUCACGUUGUGUUUUGGGUACAUGCUGUGCUUCCUCGUCACGUUUAAUUUUGAAAUAAAAAGUUGGAAAAGA